UAACUUGCACCUUAGCCCUACUUCAAUCGCAAUUAUUUCCUCUGGCAAGAGAUAUCCUCCGUUUGAGGCUGGCAGACACUCCUCCUACCUUUAUACGAUCACCGGGGGUUCAAAACUUACUGGUUUCCGUGCACAUUGCUCUUGAUAACUUUGGGGGCACGAUAGGAAGUACUACGAAGGAACGAAACCAACCAUCAAAGGGCCGAAGGCAAACCGAAGGAACUGCAUAAUGUACUGUACUUUUGUCCGCCUCGCAGAAUCUGUGACCACGAAGCAUUUGGACCUGCGCCGGGCGAGCGGCACGCUAUACCCCCCAAUUCCCCUAUACCGCAGAUUACUCAGGGCACAUCGGAGGCUUCCAGUCGAAAUGCGUUUACUGGGCGACGACUAUGUCAAAGCUGAAUUUAGAAGGCAUAGAGAGAUUACUAAUCCAGUACACAUCAUGGGAUUUCUGACACAGUGGAAGAUGUACUUGGAUGAGCUACCUCGAGACCCCUCGGACUCUAGAAGCUUUAAAAAACUAGAUCCCACGGUAUACGAAAAGAUGUCUGCAGAACAACUUGGACAGUUGUACGAGUUCAUGCACGCGACAAAAGAGAUAUGGAAACCGGUGAAUGGCGAACGGGCUGAACCUGAGACCAAGAAAUGAUAUUCUCAGCCGUCCAUAGCCUGUCCUUCGUGUGCAUAACACCCUUCCGCUUAGUUCCGUGACGUCCUACGCGUUCCGCCAAGGCCAAAUCUGAGACCAAGGCAUGACACCCUCAGUCACCCAUACCCUGUCCUUCGUGUGCAUACACCGACUCCGCUUGGUCACGCGAAGUCCUAGGCGUUCCGUUCCGUCGUUGACACGGCUCGGAGGGCUGAGAAGUAUUAAUGAA